AUGCUGGAAGCUAUUUUGAAAAGGAGAAAUAGGAAUUGGGGAAGGGAAAUCAUGCAUCAUCAUUCUGACUGGAAUGUAUGGAAGACUUUAUGCUGUUUUCACCAUGUGGAUUCACUAGAGAAAUGACCACCUUCGAUCAGCCAAGUAAAAUCAAAAACUUGUUUAUUUGCUGCCCGUGCCCUGCACGGUUGCUGAGACUCUGGACUUGCAGGCGCCCAAGGACAAGGAGGAACCUGCUAGUGGGCACUGCAUGUGUGAUCUACUUGGGAUUCCUUGUCAGUCAAGUGGGUCACAUUUUACCCCAGCACAAAGGAAGACACCAAAAGAUCAGUUCCAGAAGUCUCCAAGAUGCAGCCCAAACUCCUUUUCUGGGCAUCCCACUGGAUGGCACCCUGUCACCGCCCAAUUUCCAGGAACCCCAGCUUGGUGGCAAUGGGACCUUGCUGCCACCCAAUGUAGUUUAUAUCACCUUGCGGUCCAAGCGCAGCAAGCCUGCCAACAUCAGAGGCACAGUGAAGCCAAAACGCAGGAAGAAACAUGCAACUCCUUUGUCCUAUGGGCAGCACUUUCCAAAAGCCACUUUUACUGGCCGGGAAGAGGCCUUUGCCCAACACCCAAGGAAGGCCACGCAUGCUGCUGGCACAAUGGGAGCACCAAUAGCCCUGGAAGCAGGAAAGCACAAGGAUGAACACAGGCAUAAAGGAAUGGCAAUCAGGGAGAGGGGUCACUGGAGACCUGGAGGGAAUUCUGAAGCUAUAAAGGCACAACCCCAGCCUGAGGAAAGCAAUAUCAGGAUUUACAGUGAGAGCUCUCCCCCUUGGCUGAGCAAAGAUGACAUCCUAAACAUGCGCAUGCUAGCAGAUUCUCGGAUAGGAAGCAUUCAAGGAGUAUCUUCUCACAAAGCAGUCCGGGUAGUAUUUGCAGGAGGUACCAGCACGACAGGAGCUGCUUGUAAUCAGGGACACUGUGGCAUCGUCAAAAGACCCCUCGACAUCAGCGAGGUGUUUGCCUUUCAUUUGGAUAGGAUCUUGGGGCUAAACAGGAGCUUACCUUCUGUAAGCAGGAGAUCAGAGUUCUUCCAAGAUGGUCAAGCCUGUCCUGUUAUUCUCUGGGAUUCAUCACUGAGUCCAACAGAUAACAGUACCCAUUCUUCAGUGAGAUUAACCUGGGGGCAGUAUCAGCAGCUAUUGAAGCAGAAAUGCUGGCAGAAUGGUAAAGUUCCAAAAGCUGAGUGGGGCUGUACUGAAAUCCAUCAUCAUGAAUGGUCCAAGAUGGCACUCUUUGAUUUCCUUCUGCAGAUAUAUAGUCGACUAGACAGAAACUGCUGUGGAUUCAAACCUCUCAGGGAGGAUUCCUGCAUGCAGCAAGGACUGAAGCUGAAAUGUAGUGAUCAAGAUGCUGUCCACCUUACACACAUAGUUCAGAGACACCAUGACCAGAGGCACUUAGUCUUUAUAGACAAUAAGGGUUUCUUUGACAGAAACGAGGACAAUCUUGACUUCAAAAUACUGCAAGGAAUCAAUGAAUUCCCUGAAUCUGCAGUUUCAGUGCUGAGAAGCCAGCGUUUACGUGAGAAGCUGCUACAGUCUUUGUUCCUUGACAAAAUAUACUGGGAGAGCCAAGGAGGCAGAAAUGGGAUUGAAAAGCUUAUUGAUGUAAUAGAAAGAAGGUCCAAAAUUCUUCUUACUUAUAUAAAUGCACAUGGAGCCAAAGUAUUGCCGAUGAAUGAAUGAAUCAGUAUUGUUUCUGUCGGAGAGUCUUUAAAAAAAUUGCAUGAACCAAAACCUGACAGUAAAAUUAAUUUAAUUUGUAGGAUUAUUUAAUUUUUCUUCCCCCAAACUUUCAAGUUUAUUUUUAAGUAAGAAAUCUUACAUGGUUUAAAAGCAACAUUUAAAUGUCAGCUACAGCUCAUCUCAGUGCAGUCUCUUCUAUGUCACCAGUGAAAUGAAAUGAAAAAUAACCAACUGGUACAAUAAGUAAUGUAAUAAUAUGUA